UCGGGUUUUCACGACGCGCCAUCGCUGUUGUUCCCACCGAAGUCGAGCCUUCUUCACUUGGCGAGGACGAGCGAUGGAUGUGGACGGGGACGGGGUUCAUGACGCACUCAGCAAGGCGGAGAGGGCGGCUGUGGCAGCGGCCGUGAACAUGAUACUCAUCAGGUGUCAAUUGCAGAGGACGGAGGGGAGGAUGAGAGCAGCCAUUCGCGCACGCCGGAAGAAGACACUGCAGUCCAUUCAUGUGGACGAAGAGGGCAGUGGUGCCAUUUGCGACGCUGUCCUUCAAGUGUGCUAUGCCAUGGGUUGUGGAGCGUUUCCCAGAGCGACGCCGAGGUGGUGGAUGAAGCGUCGAACAGGGGGGGUGUGGGAGGAUCUGCGGCAAUGCGACGACGCGAUGGAAGACUACUUCAAGGACAAGCUGCGCAUGUCGCCACGGGUGUUAUGGGAGAUAGCGGAAACUCUGUCUCCCUUCCUUCAACGGCGUGUGACGUUUUAUAGGGAGCCCCUCCAGCCUGACCUCAUCGUAGCGUUUGCUUUGUACAGAUGGGCGUCGGAGGAGACGUACGAGAGCGGGACGUGCAGCUUCGGCAUUGGCAGAAAGUCUGGGUUGGUGGCUGUGCGGGAUGUUACGUCGGCGUUGCUGAGUGCGUAUAGCGACAAGAUAUCAUGGCCAACGGGGCUGCAAAAGGCGCACCCGUCGGAGAUUCGGUUUGACAACAAGCAGAAGACGGCGAGGGGAGCAGUCGAGAGGGCUUUCGGCAGAUUGAAGGGGAUGUGGAGGUUGUUCCUUCGCUCCCACAAGACGAACAUGGACACGUUGCCGCAGCAGUUCGUCGCCGUCUGCAUUCUCCACAACAUACUCAUCGACGCGGCCAUCCCGUUCGACGACAAUCUGUUGUGGGAGGUCGGGCCGGACGGUGUUCGUCGCAGGGUGGACCUUGGGAUGCACCGCCUGUUGAGGCAGAUGUGCAUGGAGUCGUCGACGGGGGAUGCGCUGAUCCUACGGGAUGCACUGGCGGAGCGAAUGGGACAUGGCGCAAGACGCACCCGCGGUGACGAUGACAAGCUGGACGACGAGGGCGAGGAUCUACGGAAAGGCGACGGUGGCGGUGAAGACGACGGGCGAAAAGACUUGCUCGUCGAGGAGAAUGUCGUCAAAGACGACGGCAAAGAAGACGCAAGCAGUGAAGAUAAGUACGUUGGUGACGGACGCGGCGACGAUGGCGAUGACGGCGACGAUGUUGAACAAAAAGGGUCGAGGGCGACGAUGGCGAAGAUGGCGGGGAUGCAGGCUACGAAGGCGUCUCGAGUGGCGCAGACGCCUGCGACCAAAAGCAGAACAAGCGCGGCGGGCGGCGGGGACUGCUUGAGGUAGAGAGAGAGAGAGAGUGUUAUCGUACAUUUGCGC